AUGGCUUCCCGCUUGAUGCUGUUGGUGCUUAUUGCCUUUGCUUUCCUACAACUCGCAUCUUCGCAAGUUGCCUCAACAUCGGUAGCCCCCUCUUCAUCAGGUGCUCUUCCCCCUACAAGUGCAGCUCCCACAUCCUCUCGUGCUUCAACUCGCGCCUCAACUCGGGUAUCAAAUUCUUCGACCACACGAACAUCGAGCAGCAGUGACUCAACCGGCUCUACUCCCCCAGAUGUCCUUUUGAAUGUCCCCAAUCUGUCUGUUGGCAGAAUAGAACUGGAUGUCGACAAUCUGAAAGCAGAUAUCAACUUGAAUGCUGAAGUUGCAGGUCUUGUGAAGAUCAAUGCAGGAGUGGCACUCUCUAUACAACGUAGGUUUCAGAACCGAUUAAAUCAGUAAUGAGCUAACCUUUUCAACAGAGGUCAACCUUACCAUUACCGAUGUAGAGGCUCAAUUAGAACUUAUCGUUCGUCUUGGGCACUUGGUAGAUAUCGUGAACAGAGUAUUUGAGUCUCUUGACUUGAAUCCCUUGUUGAUAAACGUUCUGAAUGGUGUCACUGACAUCGUGGAUACCGUAAUUGGAGCGGUGGACGGUUUGCUUGGUUCCAUCACCCAAGGCGGAACAACGCUCAACUUCCUGGUGGACAACCUCGGAAAUAUCGUACAAGAAGUGGGAGGGGUGAGCUCGAUUGUCGGCAACUACUUGAGCAAUAUGACCGACACUGGAGAGUCCAAGUCUCUUUCCAACGGCAAUACCCAGAAGACGUAUUCUUACUCGCCUUUGAAUGCGUUGGUAGAUAUCGUAUGUCAUUCCCAGGUACCAAGCAUAUGAGAAAGAUGGACUUGCUAACAUAAGAUGCAGGUAUUCAACACCGCAGGACAGCUUGUGCAAGCAACAGUUCAAAAGAAGUCAGGAAGUGGUGGAAGUACCUCAAGUACUAGCUCCCGCUCUACAGCCGUCCCUAGCUCUACAGCCGUCCCUAGCUCAACAGCUGGUGCUAGCUCUACAGCUGUUCCGGCUAGUACAAAUGUAGCCACUAGCACAAGUGCUUGA